AUGAGUACUUUACUAUCAUUCAUAGCUUAUAUAUUAUUAUUAUUUUUACUUUUCUCAAAGUCAUUUGAAAUUAGUGACAAAAAUUUGAUUAAUUCUUUAAAUAAUGAAAAUGAACAAUUGCCAAUGAUUUUAAAUGAUGAAGAAGAUAAAAAUAUUUUAAAGAAACGUCAAAAUAACAAUAACUCAAACAACAAUAGUAAAGAUCGUGAAAAACAAAUAACUAAUAUUUUUAGUAGUUCAAGUAGCUCCAAUAUGGAAUUUAUGGCAUUACAACAACAAUUACAAUCUAGUAAUGCUCACUUGCAACAACAAUUACAAUCAAUUCAGUCUCAGUUGCAGCAACAAUUAUUAUCUAGUCAAGCACAAUUACAACAACAAUUACAAUCAAUUCAAGCUCAACUUACAUUUUUAACUAUGGGAUUUAGACUUCCACCGUCACAUAUGAAUCCAUUUUGGCCAAUGACGACUACAAUGGCAGGAGGUGGAUAA